AUUUAUUAGGUUAACAUGAAACCGGUCGUGUGUGAGUUUUGUCUACUGUCAUCUCUAUACACUAUUGUGUCACUGCUUUAUUUCUAGUACAGUUUAUGCAUAUCAAUACCCAAUAGAGAGCAGUGUUUUCUUUUGGCAAAUCACAUUACCCUGCCUUGUGAUGACCCCGACUCGUGGCAAAAAGCGGUUAGCCGCCCUUAAUUACGGGCAACGGCGGCGUCGUUUGCGCCACUUGGCCAGCUACGCCUCAUCAGUGGACAGCCCAAAGACGCUGCUGUCCGUCCAACAACCGACAAUCGUACGUCCCCCACCACUGCAACAAUGGCGGCGUGAUCCAGGGCACGAUAGCAACAACAAUGUACCGAUCAUCAAUCCCAGCGGUAAAUCGUAUCUAGUGGGAGCAAUCGUCUACAAGACCCUGGAAGAUGAUCUACGUCUGCACGUGUUCGACCAGUACAUAGUGAAGGUACGUCGCGAGGAGCUGACAGGCAGUACAAUCGAAACCAUUGCUUCUGAAUUCGCCUCGGCAGCGACAGGCAAGUUAACUUGCGUGACGAGCGUGUAUUUGGCUCAGCGGCAGGUCCCAGUCAACUGUACCGGUGAACGUCAGCUGGAGCUGGAGCGGAAGGCAUACUGGAGAGUGAAUUCGAACUAUCGUACUAAUGUGAACUUUCAAAGAAGAUACAUCGAAGCCGUUCGGUAUGAGUACGGCCCUACAGUGGGCGGUUCUUACUCGUAUAAGUCAACGGCUUGCUUGAACGUAUAGGUAGCCGCGGGAAUAGAUCAUUCGUAUGAGAUAGCUUUCUUGGAAAAAUGCUUGGUUUGUUUAUGCUCUAUUUUUUUCUUAUAAUAGCACGGU